AGCCUUGAGCCUCUCAGACCUGCACUUCCCUUCCACUCUCUCCGUCCCAGGGACACAGCCACCUGGGUGCCACCAAGAUGACUGCCACCCACCGCUGCCUGUUGCUGCUGCUGCUGGGCACCUGUGUAGCUCUGCUGCUGCCGGGUGCUCAGGGAGCCCCACGGGAGCCUGUGUAUCCUGGGGAUGCCGCCACGCCACAGCAGAUGGCCCAGUACGCGACCGAGAUGCGGAGAUACAUCAACAUGCUGACCCGGCCCAGGUACGGGAAGAGCGCCGAAGACGACGUGCUGGGCUUCCUGGGCUGGCACCUGCCCCACACCUCGGCCCCAGGUGGGCUCCAUCGCUGCCAGUCUGCUCGGCUCUCCACAGCCUAGGGGCACAGGGGCACUGGGCCAUCCUCCCAGGGCACAGGACUGUCCCUACCA